AAAUCUAAGAAAAUGAAAACCCUACUCCACAUUUUCAAUUUGAGAUAUUUGUGGGCAUUUCAAGAGUUCUUCUUCCUCUUUUGGGGACUUUGACUAAAAACUUCUGCAGCCCAAUUUCAAUUUGGUGGGAAAAUCAAGAGAAAUCGAAAAAAGAGAAAGGACCGACAAAAUUUCAAGCCCGCGUGGUUCGAAUUUCAAAAUCGCAGGGUAUUUGAAAGCUCAAGAUACACAAGAAACUCUUCUGCGCCUGCCCUAAACAGGCUGCACCCAGUAACAUCAACUCCAACAACACUCCAAGUCCAGCCCACGUAGCCAAAAAAAUAAAAAUAAUGGAAUGCAACAGAGAUGAAGCCCUCCGGGCAAAGUCGAUCGCGGAGGACAAAUUAGAUAACAAAGACUUCACAGGUGCCAAAAAAUUUGCCCUAAAGGCUAAGACCUUAUACCCGGGGCUUGACGGCAUCACCCAAAUCCUAACCACACUCGACGUCUAUUUAUCUGCCGAGAACAAAAUAAGCGGGGAGACCGACUGGUAUGGGCUCCUCAAUGUGAGCCCAUCGGCUGAUGAUGAAACAAUAAGAAAGCAGUACCGUAAAUUGGCCCUUAUGCUCCAUCCCGAUAAAAACAAGUCUGUUGGUGCAGAGGGUGCUUUCAAGCUCAUUUCUGAGGCCUGGAGCUUGUUAUCUGAUAAGGUUAAGAGAUUGGCUUACAAUCAGAGGAGGAGCUCCAGAGCACUCCAGACCAAGGUCCAGAUGCAAACUGGUGGGCCAUCAUCUGCCCCUCCAAGGGCAAACGGAUUCUUUAACUUUGGAAACAAGUCUACAACUGUUCAUAAAUCUCAGAACAAUGUUUCAAAGCCAAAGCCAUCCCCUACACAGAGUCCUGCCCCGCCAAAUCCUAGGCGUGAUACUUUCUGGACCAUCUGUCUUAGGUGUAAAAUGCAUUAUGAGUAUCUCAAGGUAUACCUCAACCAUACUCUCCUCUGCCCCAACUGCAACGAGGCCUUUGUGGCGUCCGAGACGGCCCCGCCUUAUAAUUUCUCUAAACCGUCCAGUCAGCCCCCGCCACAUCAGCAGCAUAAUGCUCCGCCAAGCAAUCACUCCCAUGCCCCUCCCGUUCGUAACAAUGCUUGUGAUCCUGAAAAAAAUAUCCCCCCUCCAAAAAAAUUUCCCCCUGUUCAGAAAUCAGGCCAACCUGGCACGAAGUCAUUUGUAUUCACUCAGCAGCAGCAGGAUUUAAGAAAAAAUUUUCCCGCUGCUCAAAAGUCAGGCCCACCUGGCACGAACUCGUUCGGAUUCACUCAGCAGCAGAAGCAGGAUUUACGUCCUGGAAAAGCCAACGUUGGCCUCACAGACCCCACCAUAGCUGCGAAAGCAGCCAGCGUUGUUCAGCAGGCGCAGGAGAGGGUGAAGAGAGGGUAUAACGAGCUGCAUGGGCCCAUGGGGUGGGAGGGGUUUCUCAAAAAGACAAAGUUAGAUGAGAGUAGUAGCAGCAGCAGGCUCGGGACGAACAACAACACAGCACCAGGAUCAAAUUUUUACGGGUUUACCGGGAUUAACCAUCAGGUGAACCGAAAUCGGGAUCUGACGGUCACUGAAACCCGUACUUUGCUGAUCGCAAAGGCCCGGAAGGAGCUUCUGACAACGCUAAAGUGGUUAGAGGCAGAAACGAAGCCCGUGUAUAAAGAGAAUGACACGGGUAAAGAGAGCAAGAGGCAGAGAUGCGAAGAAACACCAAACGAUAAGGAACAUGACGAAAACGGGGGCGCCACGGCCGCAUCCAUGAGCGUUCCCGACCCUGAUUUUCACGACUUUGACCACGACAGGUCAGAAGGCUCGUUCGGGGACAACGAGGUUUGGGCUGCUUAUGACGACGACGACGGAAUGCCCCGUUUCUAUGCCCUGGUCAGCAAAGUGGUUUCGCGGGGCCCGUUUAAAUUGAGGAUCAGCUGGCUGAAUUCGAAAACCACGACUGAAUUCAGGUCCUGUGACUGGGUGGGGUCAGGGUUUUACAAGACGUGUGGGGAAUUCAGGGUGGGAAGGUAUGAGAUCUGCAAAUCCAUAAACUCUUUCUCCCAGAGGGUGAGCUGGUCUAAAGGCCCGCGUGGGAGCAUCCUGAUACUGCCUCGAAAGGGGGACGUGUGGGCACUCUACAAGAACUGGUCGUCCGACUGGGACGAAAAUACCCCUGAUGAGGUUAUACAUAAAUACGAUAUGGUGACCGUGCUCGAUGAUUAUAACGAGGAGAAAGGCACGAGUGUGGCUCCACUGGUGAAGGUGGCCGGUUUCAAGACGGUAUUUCGUCCGGAUUCACGCCACGAGAUGAUCAGGAGAAUUCCUAGGGAAGAGAUGCUUCGAUUUUCUCAUCGGGUUCCCUACCACUUGCUAACCGGCUUAGAAGGUGCAAAUGCGCCAAAAGGGUGCUUGGAGCUUGAUCCAGCAGCUACACCUUUGGAACUUCUUCAGGUUGUUACGGGAAGUAAUGAAUGAGGUUUUAGAAAUUUGAGAUCUGUCUCGUUUGGUUAAAUGGUGCUCAGGAGGUGCAUACGUGUAUCUAUAUGUACACACAGUCGAGAGCCCGUUUAGGCAGGAGACUAUGGAUUUCUGAACGUUAAUUAACCGGACCUAAGAUGUGGCUGCUAUUGGGAGUAUCGGCAUUUUGAUGGAUGCUAUGUUUAAAUUUUGCGAUCUUGAUGUUUUCGGGUUUCUUUCAAGUUUUAACAUGGGUUUUGGGUGUAGAUUGAAUUUACAGACGAGAUGAUGAGAAAAUGGUGCACUGUGUUAUUCCAGCUAGAGCCAAGAGAUUUGCUCCAACGGCUGGAGAAAAGGUGAUCUUAAUUUGUAAGGUAUAGAGUUUUGUGGUUUUAUUUGUUUAUUUUUCUUUAAUUCUGCUUCGGAUAACAUAUGAACUCUUUUUGUUUUGGCUACUAUAUAUGAUUAUUUAUAUAGAUUUUGAUGGUGUUUUAGUUUUUUCGCCCUCAGUUGAAAUGUAUAUUUCAUGGUAGAAAUCUUUUGGCUGUUGUAUUGGUGUUUAUGUUGUUGAAUUGCAUUGUGAGUUCUCGUGUUUUAUGGAAGCUGCAGCCUGCAGGGCACUUCAAACCAUUUGUCUAUAUCAUUGUCCUUUUCCCAGGGAGAAAUUAUUCAAUUUAUAUAAUACAUAAAUAAUAUGGAACAGUUUUAUUUGCA